AUGGAAUUUUAUCCUCAAAAUGAAGCGAAUGCCGCUGAUGUUGCUACUUGUAUAGCGCUGUUUGCAGGUCACUUGGUACUAUUGCCCGCUGUUUCUAAUGCAAAUCUAGGCCAAUUAACGCUGGACUUGAUGCUUAGCACACUGCUACAGAAUGGGAAAGACUUUGAUAUGGAGGUUACACGUAUUGGCCACUUGCUCAGCAAUGAAGUGCCACCCAUUGCUGGUGGUGCUGCCUUUGCCAAGCAGCAGUCGCACACUCUGUGUCUUAACCUAGAGGUGUAUCAGAGCAAAGAAAAGAAGAUUACAAUCAUCCAGCAGCGAGCUCCUGUCUUGCCGGGACGAGCACGUGUGUUUGUCCGAGAAUUGGUAGAGUGGGCGAUGAUCAGCAAGGUUGCAGCGCUUGGUGUUGUGGCUGGAUGUGACGACAUGCUACGUCAUGAUUCCAACAUGAUGAGUCACCCGAUCCGCACCAUCUACUCUGCUGCUGCUGAUCAACUGGACGACUCGUUUUUGACUCGUUUUGAGAAACUCACUACGAAUACUGAGAGUGGUCGCGACGUGGCGAAGCCGCAUGUGUCAUUUGAAAACCAGUGGGAGCUAAUUCGUGGUGCCGGUCUUGCUCCAUUGUUGCAUGCGCAAUGCGAUGAGCUGAAGAUGCCGUUUGUCGCAUGGGUGAUGCCAUGUGCCGAAGGCAAUAACGUUCCGGACGCAGCUGUAAUGACUACACAGCUUUUCCGCUUCCUGCGGGCUGCACCGAAGCAUCUGGCUGUUGAUCCUUCGGCAGUUUCAGGUUCAAUGCCACCAAUGCUUCCGUUUGCGUUUCCACCGUCAUGGAAUCAGCUAUUUGGUCGAGGCCCAGAUGUGUCGCUGUACCUGUAA